CAAUCACCCAUGCGACGUCAUUCUGGUCCGUGUGUAGUUUCCUGUUAACUGCGAGCACGUCAGCUGAUCUGUAUAGACCUCACGUUGAAUGCAUGUAUGGGAUGUUGGAGAGCGAUGAAGGCAGUUAGCAGUUACAAAUCAGGCUACGCGGUUGCAACCAAUAACAGGCACUACACGCAGCACUGAUAAUACUACUCUACAUGGAGGAUCGAGAUUGGGCUGCUUCCUACAGCUUAUACGUGACUGACUCUUCGCAUCUUCACAUGGUGAACUGAACCCCUGCUCUCACCACACAUGGAUAAAGGGUGGUUUAUUGGACUUGAGAGGAUUCCUCCAGCACAGUCUGAACAGAGGAGGUCAUGUGUUACUAUUAACCUGACUGAAAUGCUCCGGGCUGACAAGCCUAAUGUUCAGAAGAAGCCAGUUCCAAUCCGUCCCCCGAGCCCCAGAGUUUCGUUCCCAAAACAACAGUUUCACCGCAGUCUCUCCUGUGAACCUACGCCUAAACCCAUCAUCCGUCAGCGGUCGCACUCGCUGCCUUCUGCCACUGACAAGAAGAAGCAGUGCAGAAGUGUUGGCGUACGGUUUGUUGACUCUUUGGGACUGGACCUGGAAGACGUCAAGAUUUUUAAAUCGGGAGAGGAUCCACUUGUGCCCCAUCAUGUUACCUUUAGACUGUUGAUGAGUGCAGAGAUGGCAGAUGGAAGGCAUAUGGAGAUUUCUUUGCCAUACCUGAAGCCAGCAUUUGCCCAGCAACCUGGAGACCAUCCAGGAUUCCUGCAUCGUCUCCAUGAGCAGAAAGUUUGUCUUGAAAGAGUCUUGUGUUUUGAGUUGGGGGUCAUCGGAAUCACCCAAGUCCUCAAUUUGGACUUUGAGAAAGAUGUGACGGCUCGUUAUUCUUUUACAGGAUGGAAGAGUUGUGCAGAAGCUAAGGCCUCUUGGGUGUCCAGCAUCACUAAGAACUGUGAGGGCAGAAUGGGCCAAAUCAGCUGCGAUACAUUUCGUUUUCAUCUGCCUGUACCUCCAUUCCUGCAACCAGAAGCAGUGUUAGAGUUUGCCAUUCAGUACAAAGUCUGUGGUGCUGAGUACUGGGACAACAACGAUGGAAAGAAUUAUAAAUUAAUUUGCAAGAACUACAAGCUCUCUGUGCCCAAAGAAUGCGAGGAUAGCAUGGUGCACUUCACUUAGUUAGUAUGCACACAAAAGGGAGAAGAGUUUGAGCAUUAGAACACUUAAUGAUUACAUGUAGCAAUAUCUAUACAAAAAACACU